ACUCUGCACUUGUUUGCGACUUUUCGAGCUGGAAGCAACGGCGGUUUCUGCGGCGACUUUCAUCGCUUCACUCGUCAUUUUCUCAAGCUCAAUGUGCAAAAAUCUAUCGCACCCCAAUUCGUCAACUCUUGUGGCAACCGACCGCGACGGCAAGGUUAGUGUAAUCUGUAGGUCAUAUAUUUAGCAAAGAAAAUCUAUGCGCGAUCGAUAUAUACAAUUUUUCCUCCCAUCGCCAUCGUCGAGCUCCUUACUCUACGUACCACACGACGAUGAAGCUCCUACGCGUCGUCUUGGUUCUCCUCCUGCCCGCCGUCUCCUCCUGCCUCCCCUGCCGGCGGCGCGACGACUACGACUACGACUCCAUCUUUAGCUUCGGCGACUCGUUCGCCGACACCGGCAACGGCGCCGUCGUCUUCGCCGAGCACUCGCUGUUCAGCCCGGCGACGAAGCCUCCCUAUGGCAUGACCUUCUUCGGCCAACCCACCGGGCGUAAUUCCAACGGCCGCCUCAUCAUCGACUUCAUCGCGGAGAAGCUCGGGCUGCCGUUCGUCCCGCCGUACCUGGCGCACAACGGCAGCUUCCGGCAAGGCGCCAACUUCGCCGUCGCCGGCGCCACGAGUCUCGACGCCAGCUUCUUCAGCGACAUCCCCGGCGUCGGCAAGUUCGUUCUCAACACCAGCUCCAGCGUGCAGCUAGGCUGGUUCGACUCGUUGAAGCCGUUGCUGUGCAGCCCUGCCCAAGAGUGCAAGGGCUUCUUCCAUAAGUCCCUCUUCUUCAUGGGAGAAUUUGGCGUCAACGACUACAGCUUCUCCGUCUUCGGGAAGACCCCGCUGGAAGUGAGAUCGAUGGUUCCAGACGUGGUGAAAACCAUCUCGUCAGCCACUGAGAGGAUAAUCAAGCGGGAUGGGGCAAAGGCAGUGGUCGUUCCAGGGAUACCACCAUUGGGAUGCAUGCCGCCCAACUUAGCGAUGUUUCCCAGCACCGAUCCAGCGGGCUACGAACCAGGCACCGGAUGCCUGAGGCAAUUCAACGAGAUCGCAGUGUAUCACAACACGCUGCUACAGGAUGCCAUCAAGAAUGUCCAGAAAAACCACCCAGAUGUCCGAGUUAUCUAUGCAGAUUUCUUCACCCCGGUCAUUCGAAUCGUCCAGUCCCCUGGCACAUUUGGUUUUACCAGCGAUAUUUUGAGAUGUUGCUGCGGUGGAGGUGGGAAGUACAACUUCAACAUGAGUGCUGGAUGUGGCAUGCCAGGCGCGACGGUGUGCGAGGAUCCAUCCACCCAUUUGUUCUGGGAUGGCCACAUGACAGAGGCAGCCUACCACUUCAUUGCUGAUGGCUGGCUAAACAGCAUAAAUGAAUCCUAGAUAAACUAUGUUAGAAUCUGUCCUCCUUUCUAGCUUAAAUUUGGUAUAUCAUUGUUGAAUUGCUACGGAGGUUGAGGGGUUUUAAGGACCAUUUCUGUCAGAACAACAUAUAUGAAUCCUAGAUAAAUUAUGUUGGAAUAUGUCCUUUAUAGCUUAAGGGCCGGUUCAGAUUACUGCCCAAAACACAAAGUAAACCUUUUCAAUAUUUUACAAUACUAAAAUUUUGACCUUUCCAGACUAUA